ACAGAGAGAGACAGAGAGAGAGAGAGGGGACAUUAUAGAGCGCGUUGCUCCUGUCCCACGCGGGGAGGGGAGAGGAGAGGAGGGAGAGGGAUGGCGGCGGCUGGAGCAGCGGCCGGAGCUAUAGGGACUCUGCCCUCUCUGCCCGAGUCCGACCCCAACCCCUUCCCACCGGGAGCCUUCAAGGAUCCCAAGAGACUGUACUGCAAAAACGGCGGCUACUUCCUCAGGAUCCUUCCCGACGGGAGAGUGGACGGUACCCGCGAGAGGAGCGACACCCGCAUUAAACUUCAGCUACAAGCAGAAACUGUAGGAGUGAUAUCGAUCAAGGGGGUCUGUGCGAACCGUUACCUUGCUAUGAACGAAGAUGGGAAACUGUACGGCUCAAAACAGACGACAGAUGAAUGCUUCUUCCACGAACGGCUGGAGCCAAACAACUACAACACGUAUCGCUCAAAGAAAUAUGACAACUGGUAUGUUGCUCUCAAAAGGUCUGGACAAUACAAGCCUGGACCAAAAACUGGACUGGGACAGAAAGCCAUUCUCUUUCUCCCGAUGUCUGCUAAAUGCUCGUAGUCAUUUGCUUCCAGCCGUCACCUUUUACCUUAAAGAAUCGGAGGAAAUGUGACUUGUUCGGAAACCAAAUUUUUGAUGACUUUUUUUUGCUGCAAAAGCCAUCAAUGUGCAUGGUAUUUUGUCACUACGCUCUCAAAAGUUGUAUUACAGCUAUUUAUCCUGUAAUACACCAACUGUUGUGCAAUAUCACGCUUCU